GUAAAAGGAAGAGAGGCGGAGGAGGGAGGAGGAAAGCUGCAGCCAUGGCUGCAGCAGCUGCAACCGGACCUGGACCUGGUCCGCCCGAACCGGAGCCCGAGGCCCUCCGCCUGAAGCAGAUCCGCCGAGGGGGAGGCUUCUUCAGUGUCCCUCCGAGGCACAGGCUGGGAAGAUGCCGGAGCGUGAAGGAGUUCGAGAAACUCAAUCGGAUCGGAGAAGGGACCUACGGCAUUGUCUAUCGUGCCCGGGACACCCAGACGGACGAGAUUGUGGCUCUGAAGAAAGUGCGGAUGGAUAAAGAGAAAGACGGGAUCCCCAUCAGCAGCCUGCGAGAGAUCACCCUCCUCCUGAAGCUCCAGCACCCCAACAUCGUGGAGUUGAAAGAGGUGGUGGUGGGCAACCAUCUGGAGAGCAUUUUCCUGGUGAUGGGCUACUGCGAACAAGACCUGGGAAGCCUCCUGGAGAACAUGCAAGCCCCUUUCUCCGAAGCCCAGGUGAAGUGCAUCAUUCUCCAGGUCCUGAAGGGCUUGCAAUACCUUCACGACAACUUCAUCAUCCACAGGGACCUGAAGGUGUCCAAUUUGCUGAUGACCGACAAAGGAUGUGUGAAGACAGCGGACUUUGGCUUGGCCCGCGCAUACCGGGUGCCUCUGAAGCCCAUGACCCCUAAAGUGGUCACCCUCUGGUACCGGGCUCCUGAACUCCUUCUGGGGACGACAACACAGACCACUGCCAUAGAUAUGUGGGCAGUGGGUUGCAUCCUGGCUGAGCUGUUGGCCCACAAGCCUCUGCUCCCUGGGAGCUCCGAGAUCCAGCAGAUCGACAUGAUCGUCCAACUCCUGGGCACCCCCAACGAGACCAUCUGGCCAGGCUUUUCCAAACUGCCGCUGGUGAGCCAGUACACACUUCGGAAGCAGCCGUACAACAACCUGAAACACAAGUUUCCCUGGCUUUCGGAGGCUGGGCUUCGGCUCCUGAAUUUCCUCUUCAUGUACGACCCCAAGAAAAGAGCUACAGCCAGCGACUGCCUGGAGAGCUCCUACUUCAAGGAGAAGCCUUUGCCCUGUGAACCAGAGCUGAUGCCCACCUUCCCUCACCAUCGCAACAAGCGGGCAGCGCCAAGUGCCACCGGGGCAGAGUGUGUGGGCAAACGCAGCCGUCCGUGAGGAAGGGGGCCAACGGCCAGUAAAGGACGCACAUCACAGAUUAAGGACCUACUUCUCUGCCAGAGAACAGCAUGGCUCAAUAGAUGGACCCGGAUAGCCCUCCGCAACCACCACCAUCACGCCGCUUGUGCUGCUGAAGAUUCAGGUUUUUGACCUCCUGUCUCUGCCACAGACUACUUGGGGUGCCUUGGGGGACUUUCCAGGACAAACAGGAUUGCCUCCCGGAUGGAUGGGACCCUUUGAAUAAAGUGUGGGUUGAUACA